AUGUCGAGACAGCAGAAAAAGGUACAACGCCCGCGUAUAUCCACGCAUCCAAAUGAUAUUCUCCAAUUGUGUGAUGCCAAGGUGUUUUUCAAAAUAAUUUUUCUUCAAAGCUGUCUUAUAUAGCCAACACAUCAAGCACCAGUACACGAAUAUCUGGACGAUCCCGAAAUGGCUGAAGAAAACAAAAUGAGAGUCGAUGCCUCCGAGGAUUAUCAUAAAUCGACAAUGGAAAUCGGUUUGUUCUCUGCGAAUGAUUGGAUGUCACACUGGUAAUAUUUCUUGUUUAGCUUCCAUGAAGAUUCGAGAAACGACGGAAAGAAGAAUGUCAGUUCUUUCGAAAGCAGCUGAUGUCAUCGAGAAGCGCGACUUGAGCUUAAAGGUAUUUCCACUAACCAUAGAAAUAGUCAUAACACAAUUUAUAUUCAGACCACUAUGUCGACAUCUCUUUUUUCAUCGGAAAUUUCGCUUCUUGGAAGUAUGGGCACGGCGCUCAAAGACACCCUUCACUCUAUGGGUGGCAUCGUUUCUGUCAAUCCCAAAGAAGUUGCGAUAAAAAUGGUAGUUUGGAGGAAAGCAAAACCUAAUAAGUUUGACCUCAGCGCCGGAAUAUCGAUAAAACGAUAGAGGCCCACGAGCACUUCCAGAAAAAGUUCAAAAUUGACAAGGAAAACGUCAACGAACUGAUGAUCGAUUCGGGGAACUCUUCUGACGCAGAAGACAGCAAUGAAGACGAAGACGGUUGAGAUUUCAGGCUUUUCCAAUAUUGAUUUGUUUCAGAGGCCGAGGACGAUGCUCCUGGUGAGAAGAAGGUUGUUGCACCUAUUAAACUUCAAUAAUAAUGACUGAAAACUUCUAGAAGUUCGCGUCCAGAUUGAUAUUCGUCAAUCGAAUUCGCGACAUUCUCCAAGACACCGGCGAUAUGCGAGAUGCUCUCUACGAAACGGAUGUGGGAAAGAAACUUCUCCGUCGGCAUUUUUAUCCUCCACUCUCUGAGGAUGCUCAAAGAUUGGAUAACUUGUCCGUUUUUUGAAUUUUUCGAAUUGAACUAAAUAUUCUUCUCAGCUUGCCAUUGGUUUAUUCGAAAAAGACGCAAAAGGAGAAGGCAGUGAGAAAAAUAGGUCAGAAAGAAGAAAAGGCGGAACUUGUCAAGCUGGCAGAUAAGGCACAGGCGACCGUUCUCGACGAAGAGAUUUCAAUCGGAAAAGAGGUCUGUUCAUAACUUCUCAUCGUAUAUCGAAGGAGUUGAUUACAACUUUUUGUAGUUGGACCACGUCUCUAAGUGUUUGCGUCGCGAAAUCAAGAAAAUGGGAAAGAAACCAAUCAACUACUUUUCUUUUGUUAUUGACCCGGAGAGCUUUUCGAAAACGGUAGGCAGCUCUCUUUUAACUUAUGAUUGAUGUUAAUUCACGCAGGUUGAGAACGUUUUCUACGUAUCAUACCUGCUGAAAGAUAGAUCUGUUUACAUGUCAUUCGAUGAAAAUAACGUUCCUCUUCUCAGUAAGUUUAAAUGAAAGGUUUCAGGAAUUAGCAUCCAACUUCUAUCCUCUUUUUUAGUACCCCGCCUAAAAUCUGUAAAACUUGCAGAUUGGAAGAAAUGGAUGGACGAUACUUCUUUAGCGAAGUUUAAUGAUGAAAAUAACUGUCAGGCAAUCAUGGUAUUCACUUAUGAAGACUGGAAGGUUUUCAUUUAUUUAUUUUUCCUUCAAACUUAAUUUUUAUUCAGCACUUGAUACAAGUUUUGAACAUCAGCGAGGCAUGCCUAUAG